CCCGCUGGACAUCGUGCGGCGCCGCAUGCAGACCGCGGCGCGCCGGGCCGACCGCUCCUACCCCUACCCCACCAUACUCGCCACGCUCGCCGCCGUCUACAGGUACGUCCUACCCGCUGGACAUCGUGCGGCGCCGCAUGCAGACCGCGGCGCGCCGGGCCGACCGCUCCUACCCCUACCCCACCAUACUCGCCACGCUCGCCGCCGUCUACAGGUACGUCCUACCCGCUGGACAUCGUGCGGCGCCGCAUGCAGACCGCGGCGCGCCGGGCCGACCGCUCCUACCCCUACCCCACCAUACUCGCCACGCUCGCCGCCGUCUACAGGUACGUCCUACCCGCUGGACAUCGUGCGGCGCCGCAUGCAGACCGCGGCGCGCCGGGCCGACCGCUCCUACCCCUACCCCACCAUACUCGCCACGCUCGCCGCCGUCUACAGGUACGUCCUACCCGCUGGACAUCGUGCGGCGCCGCAUGCAGACCGCGGCGCGCCGGGCCGACCGCUCCUACCCCUACCCCACCAUACUCGCCACGCUCGCCGCCGUCUACAGGUACGUCCUACCCGCUGGACAUCGUGCGGCGCCGCAUGCAGACCGCGGCGCGCCGGGCCGACCGCUCCUACCCCUACCCCACCAUACUCGCCACGCUCGCCGCCGUCUACAGGUACGUCCUACCCGCUGGACAUCGUGCGGCGCCGCAUGCAGACCGCGGCGCGCCGGGCCGACCGCUCCUACCCCUACCCCACCAUACUCGCCACGCUCGCCGCCGUCUACAGGUACGUCCUACCCGCUGGACAUCGUGCGGCGCCGCAUGCAGACCGCGGCGCGCCGGGCCGACCGCUCCUACCCCUACCCCACCAUACUCGCCACGCUCGCCGCCGUCUACAGGUACGUCCUACCCGCUGGACAUCGUGCGGCGCCGCAUGCAGACCGCGGCGCGCCGGGCCGACCGCUCCUACCCCUACCCCACCAUACUCGCCACGCUCGCCGCCGUCUACAGGUACGUCCUACCCGCUGGACAUCGUGCGGCGCCGCAUGCAGACCGCGGCGCGCCGGGCCGACCGCUCCUACCCCUACCCCACCAUACUCGCCACGCUCGCCGCCGUCUACAGGACGGAAGGCUGGCGCGGUUUCUACAAAGGGCUGAGCAUGAAUUGGAUAAAGGGCCCCAUAGCUGUCGGCAUAUCCUUCGCGACAUACGACGCUAUCAAGUCAACUCUACGAGACAUCGCGCUCACCAUCACUUGAUGUGUGUUGCGGUAAUCGUUGAUUACCGACGUCAUCCGUAAUUGUGUGCAAUUUUAUUAAUGUUACCGCUGAUACGUCAAUCUAGAUAUAGGUUAAGAUAUCGAGAGUUAAUUUUCAAAAAUGAAAUGUACAAAGAUGGACGGAAUUGUGGAGAAGUGGUCUUGAUUGUUUUUGAAAAUCAACUACUGAAUUAUUUGUCGAUUGCUGAACGUGGAAAUCAUGUUUAUGUAUUAAAAUGAAAAUAAUAAGUGA